UGACCUCAAGUGUAAAUUACAAAAUUGCUAGCGCCUACAUUACGCUUGCAUUAAAGUCAGUUGGCCUUUGCUCGCGUGAAAAACAUGAAGAGAAUCCUGCUGAUCGCCUGCACUUUAAUCGCCUCAGGGCAAGCCCUCAAGUGCUACCAUUGCCAGUCGGAAGUGGAGAACGGGUGCAAGUUGGAAGCGAAACCGCAAGAGACGAACUGCGGAAAACCGGCGAAGGAUUACCAAAUUGUUUGCGUCUACAAAGCCUUUUACGAUGGCGCCCAUCACAGGGUAUCAUCAGGCUGUGAAACGCUACUAAACACAAGCCCAAUAGACAAAAGCAGCAUACACAACUGCGAAGACGACAAAGGUACCUUCAAAGUUAAGGAGUGCCGCGUCUGCAAUACCGAGCUUUGCAAUUCGGCCGACGCCAGAAAAGCGGCCCUCAUCUUACUACAAAUUUGUCUUCCAAUCGCCUACUUGGCCAAUAAAAUGUUUUAGAUCCACUUUGUUACGCCAUUAACGAAUUGAAAAUAAAAACUGUUACUAGGAA